GGAGUAGUGGGAUUUUUUUUUUAUUAAAUUAACUUGUUGAAACUUCGUAUUAAUUGUGCAUGAAAAAGUAGUAUUUUGCCGAUAACAGCAGAAUUUAAAUAGGAUUGAUUUAGCUGGUGACUACCUAGUUGAGGAUGUUAAUUAUUUGAUAUGCUGGAGCCUUCUCCUGCAUAAAAUAAAUGUGCAAGCAAUACAAGUUUGAUAUAUUUAAAAAUUAAAGUUUAAAAAAAAAAGUUUAAUCCCUGCAACAAGUGUUUGUAAAAGGUGAAGGGUGGACAUGCCAGAAAAGAAAAGGAGACCCAGACUGGUCAUGAAUUGUAGUUUAUGGGUCGAGGAAGUGAAAUUUCAUCUUUGUCAUACUGAAUAUGUGGCAAAAGAAGAAAUGUCAUCGCUUGGAUCCUUUUAAUCUCCUGGCUUUGCUCCUAACAACUCAUUUUGAAUGAACGCUAAGCUUGUACCCAACCUAAAUUCAUCUAAAAACUGAAAGUGCAAGCAGCCUAAAAGAGAACUAAUAGAAACAUUCAUCUUUUAUAGGGCAGCUUUUGACUUUCUAAUGUCGUCAAGGAUUUAGCUCUUUAGAUUUUUGUACUAUCUGACAACAAAGAGACAACUGGUUUGUCUUUUACGUACUUUGAGGCUGUGUAGACUCUUUCAACAGAGGUAGAUUUUGUACGUGGUUUAAACUACACAGCUGUUCUUGCAUUUUUUUUUUUGAGCAAAGAAAUAAUUUGUUUGAUUUAAGAGCAGAAGGCACAACAACCAAGUGAUACACAGAACUGUAAUUUGAAGACAGAAAACUGGAGAUACGGGGGAGCUGCCAAAAAAUGUCCCGCUCAGAAGAAGUGAACAAAAUGACUGAAAAUGUGUAUAAGGUGAUUCUGGAGCAGUUCAACCCGAGUCUGAAGAAUUUUGUCACCAUGGGGAAACAAUACGAGAAAGCUUUGACGGGUGUAACACUUGCUGCUAAAGGCUAUUUCGAUGCUCUGGUGAAGUUGGGAGAGCUGGCCAGUGACAGCCAGGGGUCCAAGGAGUUGGGAGAUACACUCUUUCAGAUGGCCGAAGUCCAUCGACAAAUCCAGGUUCAGCUGGAGGACAUGCUGAAGCUCUUCCACUCCGAGCUGCUGUCACAACUGGAGCACAAACUGGAUUUGGACAUCAAGUACCUUACUGCGACACUGAAGAAGUAUCAGGCAGAACGCCGCUCUAAGUCAGACUCCAUUGAGCGCUGUCAGUCGGAGCUGAAGAAGCUGAGGAGAAAGAGCCAGAGCAGCAAGCACCCUCAGAAGUAUGGUGACCGGGAAAUGCAGAUUGUUGAACUUAUGAGUCGUCAUCAGGGAGAAUUGGACCAGCUGGUGGCUGUCGGGUACCGGUCAGCACUCACAGAGGAGAGGCGGCGGUACUGCUUCCUGGUCGACAGGCAGUGUGCUGUGACAAAGCACUUCACCAACUACCAUAGCAAGGUGAAGGAGUUGCUGUCUCAGAAGUUAUCUGCUUGGCAGUCAUCUUGCUCCCAACCCACCAAGCUGCCAGAAAGAGCCUUGAACCUUGUGCGCCAGACUGCUGCCAGCUCAGGGAAUUCAGGCAUAGCAGAUGUCCUUCGAACCUCAAAGCUCAGCACCACUUCACCUUUGGAACUGGGAGGGCCGCAGAGGCUGUCAGUCCAGGAAGUCCCACCUCUCCCUAAUGGAGAUGCCAGCCGCCACAGAGGAAAAGACCAGACCCCAAAUUCUGAGCCAACUCACAAUACAACUGCCCCAGGGUCCCGCUCCCAGACCCCAUUAUCACAUUUGGCAACUGUCACCCAGAGUCACGGUGCUUCCAAUCAGGCGUCACCACCCGGGGACAAAAAGCUGUCCAGUUCCAAUAAUGCUCCAUCUGCUGUCAUCCAGACUCCACCACUCAUAAUGCAAAAUGUGCCUGUUUCCAAUAGCUCUCCUCUUUCGAGGCCUCAGAGCCCCCUGCAGUCCCACAGUACACCUCUUUCCAGGUCCCACACACCUCUGGCCAGCCAACUGCUCCUGGAGGAGGAGGAUGAAAGCUCAGAUCUUCAGCCAUGUCCUGUUUUAAAUAUCUCUUCCCCGCUUUCUCACAAUAUCUCUCCUGCUCUUCGGGCCACUGACAUGUUUGCCACCAGCACGCUGCCACUGCCGCGGAAACAAGGGAAUGAAGCUAGGCUGAAUUUCUUGGGAGGUACAAUGCCGCGGGUCGGCUCUUGGAGUCCUACACAGGUUCUGGCACUCUUUUCUCACUCCGGUCAAGGAAGCGGGGUUUCAGAAGCUACAGGAGAUGCUCCACUACUGCCUUUUUUGCCGGGAGAUGCCAUAACCCUGCUUAUCUCUGAGCCAAGAGAUGGUUGGCACUAUGGCCAAAAUGAAAGAACUGGGAGAAAAGGCUGGUUUCCAUUCUCAUAUACUCAGCCGAUCCAGAACUCUCCAGAACUGCCUGAAACUGGGCUGUCUUCCUUAUCUAAGCUGAGCAGUGGCAGUGUUGGAAACCUAGACAAGAUAGGCUCGGAUGGAUCAAACCACUGCAACCAGGAUCUUAUAGAAGACAGAUAUACUCCGCCACCCAGAGUCAGUACAUUUCGACCCAGGCCUUACAGCAUGGUGAACCCUGACAUCUCCCAGCUGGUCAUUGAUUUUGGAUCUCCAUCUUCCUCACCAUCAAGGAGAAAUCCCUUUGCACAUGUUCGACUCAGAAGAACAAUCACAAAUGACCGCUCAGCACCCUUGAUCCAGUAAUCCACAAGUCAAGUGUGAAUCUGUGGAUUGGGAUGAAGACAAGCACAGAUUGUGUCAUUAGAGGGGACCAUUCCGUUUUAACAUCACGUUGGGAAAGAAUUUGGAGUUGAGCAGAUGUGCAUUUGAUUUUUUGUUGUUUUUUUUAUUAUGAUUAUUAAUAUAAUAUUGUGGUGCUCAUUGGAGCUUCCGGAUAAACUUUGUUUCUUGUGUAUUGUUUGGGCAGGCCCAAACUCUUUUUACAGUUCAGUCUGUUUUUGAUGGGGCAGAUUCUACUCAUCAGUUAUCUAUGAGAGCCUGGAAAAUAAACGACAGGCAGGAGAUUCUGUGCAAGACUGGCAGAAACAGUAAGUGAAAGAAGGAGUGAGAUAGGAUGAGAAGAGUGAGUGAGGGCAGAAUACAACACAAUGAGGAAAAAUUGAAAUAACGAAUGGAAAAGAAAAAGCAGUAACAAAAAAGUGACGGAGUAAAGGGAACCAGAGGGGCAUAGAGGGGAAAAAGAUACUCAAGGAAAAGAGAAAAUUAUGAAAAACGGAUAAAAGUCAUGAUUGGACACUAGAGAGGAUACUGCAGCCAUUGACAAAUUGAGUGACAAGGUUGAUCAGUUAUUAAUAAUAAAUGCAUUACUUUUUGAACAAAGCACAUUUUUGCUGACUAAGUGUGCCAAAAUAAGAAGUGCCUGUUUCGCAGGUGGUAAUCCCUGCUUGUUAUUCAGUUUAAAUUUUAUGAUUGGAUUUUUGUAAGUGCUAAAAAACCCUGUAUCAUUUAAUGAACAGUUUAUGAAAAUUCAUGUAUGCAAAGUAUUUUCUACAUCUUACAAAUUUUAGUGAAGUUGAAUUUUCGCCGUUAUGAAGACCGAGUCCAAAUCAAUUUUCAAAUUGGCGCCGCUUGUGCUAACACCUGAAAGUCAAGUGUGUCUUGCUGCAGCCUGUGGGAGUGAGCGGGGCUGGGUGUUUGGGGGUGAGCUGGAGGUUGGUGAUGUGCAGUCACAGUGUGAGGGAUGGGGAGGGGUCAGAUGUCACGCACUUAACACUAUAAGGAGGAUGGGAAGGUACAUGUGGUCUCCUUCUCUUUACCUCACUGGUUAAUUAGUCAGUCAGUCAUUUUCCAACCCGCUAUAUCCUAACACAGGGUCACAGGGGUCUCCAGCCAACAUAGGGCGCAAGGCAGGAACAAAUCCCGGGUGGGGCGCCAGCCUACCGCAGGACACACACACACACCCAUACACCAAUCACACACUAGGGACAAUUUAGGAUCACCAAUGCACCUAACCUGCAUGUCUUUGGACUGUGGGAGGAAACCGGAGCACCCAGAGGAAACCCACGUAGACACGGGGAGAACAUGCAAACUUCACGCAGGGAGGACCUGGGAAGUGAACCCAGGUAUCCUGCGCCACUGUGCUGCCACUACUGGUUAAUUAUUCAUACAUCAAUUCAUUAUGAUGCUCUUGUUUAUUUACUCAUCACCAUAAAAGGUGGAUAUCGCAGCCUACUGCACCAGAUUUUGUUAUACAGUAAGGGUCUAAUGUCUAACCCCAUCCAAGAUCCUUUCUGACAUUACCCAUGCCACACCACGCCUCAUCUGAUGCUGUACAGCAAGGACCUUCUCCACCCGGGUCUGUAGAUGAUGCUGUGUUCACGUGUGAAGGGUCAGAGAGCUUGUCUGGUGAGUCCUCUCAUAUUAUCCUGAGCAUCAUGGAUCCAAAAAAACACUAUGAAAGAAACCAAAAAAACCCCAAGAAAACUUGAAAGACCAUGAAUCCUGAAGUGUUAGGUAAUUGGCCUUAUUCAACCAUGUUUAAUAAAGGGUUGCUUGACAGAUGACAGAUGUUAUCAUUGCCUUAAUUCUGUCAAUUUUCAUGUAAAGUUGCAUUUGGAGCCAGGGAUUGGUGAAAUUAUUUCAUUUAAAGUAAUGCUAAUUAUGUGUUUAUAUUGUGAAAAUCCACCUUACGAAAGGGUCUUCAGUACCAGCUUUGGGAUGUGCGGGAAGUCUGUAUGUGAAAAGCCACCCCUACCGUAAUGGAUGAACUAAAUUUAGUAAUACCCCUGUGACUUACAUUUGACUUCAAUACAUUGGGAUUCUUAACUUAAAAAGACCUUGAAAGCAAUAGCACUGACUGCACGAGACAUUGCUACACAUGCCAAUUAGCAAAUGUGCAAUAAACCCGAGCAAGUUAACAGCUGAGGAGCGGUUUGCCUGGUUAUUAUCAUUCAUGAUGCUGUUGUUUUCCUGGGUGUUUUACAGUUGAACGUGCUCAUUACUGCCCUGCAGCGACACAGACAGGUCUCUGUGUCUGGAGGCAGAUAGCCCUCCAUGUCAAGGUCCGGAACCUUUUUCAGCAAAAUGAGUAACUGUAGCUAGGACUAAUAAGCUGCUUCUGUAUUGCUUACUUUUAAAAUGGUUUACAAAUGGUUAAGACUAUUGACAGUAUUGUUUAGACAUAAUUAUUUCCAAUGUAUUUUUUUAACGGAGGAUGAUUUUUAAUUUGCUGUACUAAUACUGUAGGUGCAGUGACUCAACUAAAUCAUCAAGCCGAGUUUGGAAAGCUUUCAACUAUUACGACCAUUAAACUCCUCGAUCCUUCAGAGGGACUCUUUGUAACGACAUCUUAUUUUAUCAAAACUCCAUACAUCUGAAUCUGGAGGGCUGAAAGCAAACCAAACUACUUAGAAGUCCACACGCGUCUCCUGUGUUGUUUGCCUAUAAACUUGUACUGACGCCUUUAACUGACGUUUGUAACAGCAGUUCGUUUCAUUCAAAGGUCUACGCUAAAGUGUUGCUCUCAUUUUUUUUGUGAUUUCUAAUGUGUUCUGAUGUGUUUUAAUGUUGUAUUUUGUUUUUAAUAUAGAAAUUUACAAAAAACUUUUAGGAGUAAAAAUAAAAGAAAUUAGACCAUU